UGACAUAUCCUCUUGUAAAACGUUAUAGUGUCCGAACAUCAACAUGUCGAGGAGGAUAACAUCGUACGAGAAGAAUUAGGUCAAUUUCUUAAUCGAUUGAAUUUUAGAAUACUCAGAAUGUUUCAGCGAUCAAAAGGAUGGAUCCCCGGUCUUUUGUCAAAGCCGAAGAAUCCACACUCCUUGGAACAUUUGAAAUAUCUCCAUAGUUUGCUGUGCAAGAAUCAAACUGUGACUGAGGCUAACAGGAGUCUGUUGGUGGAAACCCUAAGAUCCAUCUCAGAAAUCCUCAUCUGGGGAGACCAAAAUGACAGCAGUGUGUUUGAUUUUUUCUUGGAGAAGAACAUGCUGUCAUUUUUCUUGAGAUAUCUACAACAGAAGUCUGGCCGCUUUAUAUGUGUACAGUUGCUACAGACACUCAACAUUUUAUUUGAAAAUAUCAGGAAUGAGACCUCACUUUAUUACCUGUUGUCAAACAAUCACAUCAACUCAAUCAUUGUCCACAAGUUUGAUUUUUCAGAUGAAGAGGUGAUGGCGUAUUAUAUUUCCUUUUUGAAAACGCUGUCGUUCAAGCUGAAUAGGCAUACAAUCCACUUCUUUUAUAACGAGCAUACCAAUGACUUUGCGCUGUACACAGAGGCAAUCAAGUUCUUCAAUCACUCGGAGGCCAUGGUCAGAAUCGCCGUAAGAACAAUCACACUCAACGUCUACAGAGUGGAUGACAAGGCCAUGUUGCGGUACAUCAGGAAUCGCACCGCUGCUCCUUACUUCUCCAACCUGGUCUGGUUUAUCGGGAACCACAUCCUGGACCUUGAUAUGUGUGUCAGGAACGAUGCAGACCAUCAGAGCCGCGAUCGUCUAGCCGACCUUGUGGCUGAACACCUGGACCACCUCCAUUAUCUGAACGACAUUCUGUGUCUGAACAUCGACGCGCUGAACGACGUACUGACGGAUCAGAUCCUGAACAGACUCCUGAUUCCUCUCUAUGUCUACUCACUGACCAUGAGGAAACGGGCCGCAGACAGACUGGGAGACAGAAAGCAUGUCAGCUCAGUUGUGUCCCUUUUCCUUCUAUCUCAGGUGUUCCUGAUCAUCAGUUAUGCCCCUUUAGUGCGUCAGCUGGCAGAGAUUAUCUUUCAGGGAGAAAUCAGCUUAUCCAGGAAGGAAGCUUCCCCAGAGAUGAGAGUGAGAGAAUUUGUGCCCCCAGCAGAAACCCUGGAGAAGACCCUAGAGAGUAACAGGGGGAGACAGGACGCGGCUGAUGACAACGGUACGCUAAUUCAUGCCGGGAAUUCGGUGUUCUACGCGAGAACCGAGUCUCUAACAUCAGGAAGGGGCACUGGUGAUGUCGCACCAGAUUCCGAGUUGCCCCAGAGUCCAAGUAGUGAGGUGUUCUCAGGCGGUGAAGACAUGUCCAGUCCGAACCAGAACUCGACGGAUGAGGAGAAACUCCUAAGCACGCUCGGACGCAGCCACAGAAUGGACAUGCCUGGGCCGACCAGUGCUGAGCAAGGCCCAGCUACAUUCUCCCUUGAUAACAGACCGUACCUGGAGGCUGUGUUUAACGCCUUGGAGUGCACGGAGAAUGAUUACGAGGCCCUAUUUGCCCUCUGUCUUCUGUACGCCAUGGGUCACAAUGAAGGUAUCCACCAGGAGUUGAUGGAUUCCGUCCUGAUGCCUACAGAGAGAUGUGAGACAAAAGACCAUUAUAAUGUGUUGUUGGUGGAGCGGCUGAUCAGGAUCAUCAACCUGGCUUGUCAACACGGGAGUAAGGUGAGGCUGUCGACCCUGGAGCUGACAAUCCGUUUACUGAAGCUGUUGGUCUACAAAGAGGAUCAGUCCUUCCUCCAGGAUAGACAUCUAGCGUGUAUAGAGAACGCUAGAGAGUGUAGCACACAACUUCUCCGUAACUUCUACAAAAGUGAAGAAAUCUUUCUGGAUAUGUUUGAAGAUGAAUACACACAGAUGAUAAAUCGGCCUCUAAAUGUAGAAUAUCUGACCAUGGAUGCCUCCAUUCUGCUCCCCCCUACCGGGACACCUCUAACAGGGAUUGACUUCAACAAAAGGUUGCCAUGUGGAGAAGUGGAACGGUCCAGAAGGGCCAUCCGAGUAUUUUUCUUGGUGAGAGAUUUGUCCUUGACCCUGUUAAAAGAGGAGGAGCUACAACUUCCCCUGAAUCGUGACCAAGCCACGGUCAACACUAACGACAUCCUAGACCUCAAUAACAGUGACCUCAUAGCUUGCACAGUAGUGGUGAGAGAGACGCGAAAGCAGGAGAGGCGGUUCCUUGUGAUUGACAAGCUUCAGAUGAUUCUGGUUGAGCCUGACACGCGGCGACUUGGCUGGGGCGUGGUCCGAUUCGUAGGUUACCUACAGGAUGUUGAGGUUACAGGAGACAAAGAGGAUAGUCGGUCUCUCCACAUCACGAUCCACAAACCGGCCAGCUCUCAGCACACUCGCCCUGUCCCCCUUCUCAAUGCAAGGUUUAUCUUUGACGAUCACAUUCGCUGUAUGGCGGCAAAACAGCGAUUGACUAAGGGACGACUUAAAGCCAGGCAGCUGAAAAUGCACAUGAUCGAAAAGUUGAUCGACAUUCCCGGAGAUUCAGCCUGUCGACAGCGCCCCCUCCCAGGUCGUAGUCACCCAGUGAGAGUUGUUGAUGCAGCAGCAUCUAAAGAAAAAGCUGUACGUAGGCCACGUUCAGGGCACGUCUCCAGUGCCAAAUCAGCUUCAACCUCAGGGAAUGACAAAGAGACCCAGCAUGCAGUGUCUGCUCCACCAACAGCAGAGGAGGUGGAAGUUGCAGAAGAAGCGGCCUCGUUUGCUUAUCAGUCAUUUAAUCAGGACACAGGUGGGGUUUCCAACAACCCACCUUCUUUGGAGGGCCCGCAGGAGAUUCCAUUAGAGGACUUGUCCAGAAAAAAGAAAAGGCACAGUGGAAGGAAACUCUCAGGUACAAAACUGAUCGGACAUUCUUCUUCUGCUCAUCAGAGUAGAAGUCAGUCUCACAGUCCUAGGCGCCAGGAGCAUCAUCAAACAAAGAAAGGUCGCGCCACAUCACUGACUGUCACCAUCAACAAGCCCGAGUCCAGCAGGCCUCAUAGCAACAGUAGUCCGAUUCCAGUGAGCACCUCUCCAGCUCAGUCCUCAACCUCCUCCUCAGAGAAUAGCCCUCAGACUUACGGCUACACAAGAGACACAUCUAGUCAGUCGCCAAAAACGCUAAGACCUGCAGAUGCCCCUGCUCUUUCUCUUGUGCCCAUGGGUGAUGACCAAAUGAACUCAGAGGAGAACAUGGGGCCUAAAUUGUUGCCCCCAACUGAAGUGGAGAGGAUCAGGAGUGUAAGUGAUGUCUCCAGCGCAAGUAGUGACAAUCAGAGUGAACUCGCCAGAAGCAACAGCAGUGGAUCUGCAAACUCCACCAAACCACUGUUUGCCAAGAAGGCUGCUUCUGAAGCAGAGGUGAACACAGACUUGGCUGGAGGUCAGAGAGUGCAGAUGGUGCAUGAUCCGGAUGAAUCCGCAUCGAAGCAGUUAACCAAACUGGCUCAGAUUGUCCAGCAGCACUAUGGAUCUGUGGAUGAGGCAGAGGAGCAUGAAUCCAGUCUGGAUGGGAGCUCUAAAGGAGGUUCUAUCCAAAACGUGUGAUUUCUAAUAAAGGGCAUUUUGUAUGGCUGUGUUAUUAAAGAUUAAGGAAAUAUUUAUAUGUUAGGCUUGGAAUGGAAUCUUUAACUUUGUUAUUUUAUUUGUGAAGAUAUCAGUAUUUUGAAUCAUCUCAAAUUUUUGUUUUAUACUAUUUGUACUAAAUAUUUUGUAUUGUAAUGAUUAUUUAUAUUUCACUGAUGGCUUCAUCAAUUGAUAAUAUAUGUACCAUAUUAAAAAAGAGAGUACUAUUUAAACACAAAAUCUAUUGUUUCAAUACAAGUUUUAUAAAUUAAUGCCUUUAAUGUUCUGUUUUUAAGAGAAGAUGAAAAUUAAUUGUGACAUUUCUGCAUGCUUUCAAUGAAAUAUUAAUACCUAUCAUAUUUAAAAGAUACUAUUACGUCUAAUACUGUCAGUUCUAAUACCUGAGACAAUCAUUUUGUUAGAAAGCAUUUCAAAUGCUUAAUUUUUUAAAAGUUUAGUUAUAUUUAGUACACCUUUCACGUAUCUGUUUGAUAUCCAGAUGUUGUGGUCAACGUCUUUGAGAUAGUUUUCAGUUUUGGCAAGAUUCCAAGAUGACAUCACUAAGAUUAUUGAAGUGACAUAAGACUAUAAAUUAGUUCCUGAUUUUGAAAGACUCAAAUUUCUUCCUUUUUACCUGUUUGAGUUUCCAUUGAAAUGUUAUUGGAACUCUUAAGAUUUGUGUAUCCAGGAAGAAAAUAGUUUGAUUUAUUUGAGUUUGACAUUAAAGUCGUGUUCAAAUAUUGUAUGUGAAAAAAGGGCCAAUUUUCCUUAUCUUUGUCUAUUUUCAAGAUAAACCUUUUACUAUUUUUAGAUGUCACCUAAUUUAACUGAUAAUAUGAUCUAGUUCUGCACUUUGUACUUUCGGUUGUUAGAUAAACACUGCAGACCAAAUGGAAAAGAAUUAUCUAUUUAAUAUUUCUGAGUAGCAUCAUGGGACACUUUAUUUCAUUAGUCAGUUAUUGUGUAUUUGAAAAAAGUGCAAUAUGUUUUGUCUUUGUUUUAAUGUUUUUGUUUGUUUUGAUAUAAAUAAAAAAUCUUCAUAGAAGUUCAA